GGUUCCAAACGUUACCUUAUGAGGAAAACAGGGCUGUGGCACCGCUUUGGGUUUUUGGAUUCAUUAUAAAAACAGACGGCGAUGUUGGACCAAAAAUGCUACAAUCAGUAACAUGGUUUAUCUACAGGUGAUAAUUCAAUUAUAAAGCAGAAGUCAACGUUAUUUUAUUAUCAUAAUUAAGACCAUCAGUGGACGGACAAACACUGAGGCAACUCAUCUUAUACGACAUAUCUGUGGAGUGGCAGAUCCUGAACACAUUUAUCAUGAUAAUUGGGAGUUAUGCUGGUCAAGAUAAGAGUAUUUUUACAAUAGCACAUGCUUAUAGUUGACAAAUUCAGGCUCAAAAGAAGAAAGCAACAAUGUCAUGUUUGUUUGAAAUAUGAAACCAAAAUGUGAAAGAAAUCUAUUUGACAAAACUGCAUCCCCUAAAAGUAUUGUAUUCAUAUUUAGAGGUAAUAGUAAGACUACACACAGCAAUCUACAACAGCUGACAGUAGUCAAGAGCACUGCUGACAGUUGGUGGCGGCCACUCACUGUGAGCCACUAGGCUAUAAAAUGCACCUGCACAGUCUCACUGAAUUUGUACUUUUUUUUUGCAUGGUGACAAAGUCAGACUUUGAGUCUGCUGUUGACCCCGAACGUGCUUGUUUCUCUUAUGUAUGCCGUGUUGCUAAAUCCACCUGUAAUCUAGCACAAGGUCAGCAGCUACCGCAUAUUUCAGUCUCUAAACGCACUGCAUGAAGAAAUAAUAUUGACUCAUAAAGUGCACUACACUGUGUUGGUCAGUGCCGCAUUCAUCAUGCUCCAAAUCUGAGGAUUAUUUGGCUGAAAUCUGGAUUUGUGCAGCAGCACAUGGGUCUAACAGCUGAUCGGUGUGUUACGCAAUGCAAAUCCGAUCCCAGCACCAUGGGAGGAGGCAGGAGUGCCCGAACGUGGACGCGCAUGGUGUCUCCGCCUGUGACGUAGUACUUUUUUUUUGUGCGGGAGUGCGCGCUCGGCAGUCGGCAGGACUCGUGUGGCUACACCGAAAAGUCACAGCAGAGGAUUUUGUAGAUCACUUGUUCAACUAGUCUCGAGAAGACUAACGUUAGAUAUCGCGUGGGAGAUCACGGAAAUACAGAAAUGUCGGAAAAUAACGAAGAAACACAGACAGCCGAGGAGACACCAGUGGACCAAAAGGAGGUUCAGGACAAGAUGAUCAACUCUGAGAAGUCAGAAGAGGCUAAACUGAAGGCCAGAUACCCAAAUUUAGGAAACAAACCCGGGGGCUCCGACCUGCUUCGCAAACGCCUCCAGAAGGGGCAAAAGUACUUUGACUCUGGCGACUACAACAUGGCCAAAGCCAAGAUAAAGAACAAGCAGUUGCCGACAGCUGCGCCGGAGAAGACCGAGAUCACAGGGGACCACAUCCCCACCCCCCAGGACCUGCCCCAGAGGAAACCCUCUCUGGUGGCCAGUAAACUGGCUGGCUGAUGCACACACAGCCCCUGCAGCGCCUCCCGGCUUUUACCCUUUCUACUCAAGUCUCAGAGCUGUAACAUUAUCUCUCCCACCCCUCACAGUACCGAACCCCCUCCCCUCCAGCCUGGACCCCACCCAACAGAAGCCCA